AUGUCGAACCCAGUCAAGCUGCGCUCCCUCUACCGCUCUUUCCUGCGCGAACUGCCAUCCAGACCAUUGGCCGAGAAACCAUCGCCGCUCAAGACCCGCAUCCGCAACACGAUCGCCUCCGAGUCCAGGAUACCAAUGGAGCAAGCGGAGCAGUACCUCCAGUAUUUUAAGGCGCAGAGGAUGUACGCGACGCUGCUGGAGAGGUACAACCCGGGUAUGAACAUGGACGACGAGACGAGGAUCAAGGCGACGGCGAGGAGGGUGGGGAUGGAGAUGCCGGAGGAGUUCUCGUAUGGAGGGGACGGGACGGAUGGGACUGGUGGUGCUGGUGGUGUUGGUGGUAGUGCGAAGGGUCAAUGA